GUUGACGCAUCACGCGCUUCUUGAGAAAGUUGCAUCUGUUGCUCCAGGAAGACUUAAAUACAGCUCAUCCUGCCUAGCUCAUCAUCAGAUCUGAUUAGUGCUCAACUAGAUCAUCACUCUGAAGACCUCCAAAAGCUCUCUUCCAGAUCAACACUGCUUUGACGUCCAGAACCUGACACGAUGCAUGUCUUCCUAGCCCUCAUGUUUGUGGCUGCUGCCACGGCCGAGUUGGCCCCUCUGCUCGAGAACUCUGAGCCCAUCCCAGGAAAGUACAUCAUCAAGCUCCGUGACGAUUUCAACAUCGAUGAAAUUGCUUCUACCGUUCGUCUCUCUGGUGGAAAAGUAGGUAAUCUUUUCAGACACGUCCUACACGGCUUCGCUGCCGAGCUCUCCGAUGAGGUCCUCGACAUUGUUCGUGGACUCCGCGCCGUUGAGUACGUUGAACAGGACGGCGUCUAUCGUACUCAGGUCACCUGGGGUCUAGACCGUAUCGACCAAAGGAAUCUCGCUCUUGACAAUAACUAUAGUCCAAGGGGCACCGGAAGCGGAUAUACUGUGUGGGUAAUCGAUACCGGCGUCAGUGAUACCCACUACAACUUUGGUGGUCGUGCUUCCCAAGUGGUAAACUACGCAGGUGGUUCAAAUUCGGAUUGUAACGGACAUGGAACCCACUGCGCUGGGACAGUUGGCUCCAAUACCUAUGGUGUCGCGACGGGUGUAACUAUCAAGGGAGUCAAAGUCUUAAACUGUUUUGGAUCGGGUACCAACAGCGGUGUUAUCUCAGGGGUGGAUUAUGUAAGGUACUAUAGCGGAAACUAUGACAUUGCUUCAAUGUCGCUGGGAGGAGGGAUCUCAACAGCUUUAGACACUGCUGUCGGGAAUCUUAUUUCUUCUGGGGUUCCAACCGCCGUGGCUGCUGGUAAUGAUGAUGCCAAUGCCUGCCUCUAUUCUCCUGCACGUGUUUCGACGGCAAUCACAGUUGGAGCUACAGAUGGUAGCGACUAUCGUUCCUAUUUCUCCAACUACGGCAGCUGCGUAGACAUCUUUGCUCCAGGUUCUUCUAUCACGUCUACUUGGCAUACGUCUAAUACAGCAACCAAUACCAUCAGUGGAACUUCGAUGGCCUGUCCUCAUGUUGCUGGUGCCAUCGCCCUCUACAGCAAAAGCACUUCUGUUAUGCUUACUAAUGCUUCUUCCGGUAAGAUUAGUGAUGUAGGAACUAAUAGCCCUAAUAAACUUCUCUACGUCGGAUAAUGAGUGGUGGCGGCCCGCUCCAAGCAGCAACGAAGCAGAGUUAUGAAACAUAAAAAUUAAAACAACAAAUUAAACUGUUCAAUUUUCUUUGAAAAUGAGCAUCUGCGUGUAUCACUUAUCCUGAAAUUAAUAAAUGACACGGUAAAAAUAAACAUGAAAUUACUUUUAUUACAAAAAGCUUCUUCCUGCACAUGUUGCAAUAGGUGGAAUUCCAAAUCGAUAUUAAUGUAAACGUGGGAUAACUGUGGUGUAUAGGCUUUUUUAAGCCAUGUAAGAAUACGGGGGGGGGGGUCUUUCUUUUCCGGAACAAGCACUGUUAUCGUGCAGUAAAGGCCAUAUCCUUUGAUUAUUUUCUUUUUGAGAAAUUACUAAACAACGCAACUAAAUAAGAUAUAACGGGAUCAUAAUUAAUGAUUGAUAACAUUCCAAAUCAUCUAUCAGUCAUGGCGAUACUUUUAAUUCUAGAUGUAUUUCUCACUGUAUAUCGGUUGAGCAAACAUCGUGAGGAUUCCUUCUUCAUGAGAGAGUUGUAACAACAUUAUAGAUAACAAGAUCCAUUGGUAUUUAUUGCCAUAAAGAAGAUGAUUCUGGUCUUAUAUACAAAGAGAUACUAUGUGAUUGGCAUGUCUUCUACGAGAAUGUUCACGAUGCAAUACGCCUUUCACACUGAAGUUAUCUUCAACAUCACCAAGUUAGCCCUCCAAAGUUAAAAGACAUUGCAUUAUCAUUUAUCGACCAUAACCGAAAUGUAUUAUCGAAUCUUUAGCGAAUAAAAUCCAAAUUGAACUGCAUUACUCAUUGUAGUAUCUCGUUUAUUUUUGUAUUAUAAAAAUCUUAUGUCCUGGAAUUAUGGGUAUUGCUUACAUAACAUAUUACCAUCUUAAAGUACCUAUGUAACACAAAUCGAAGUUAUUUCCCAUCGGUGCACACGUUGCCAUUUAAGUAUCCAAAUAUGAAUUUAUAGAUAUAUAUUUUUAAAGACAUAUUGAAAGAAUAUUUUUUCAACUUUCUGAGCUCCAUCAUAAAAAGAGGUAUAUCCGGGGGGCGUUUCAUGAAAGGACAUUUUAUUCGACAAGUACCAGUUUAUCCGACAGUUACCAUAGGAACAGUGCCUCUCAUCCAAUCAGAAUCAAGGAAAGAUGUGAGAUCUGACAACUUGUCGGAUGAAAAUAUUGAUGAAACGCUCCCCAGGUCUCAUUUUGGCACAAUAUUCAGUUAGAGUUUUUGAACGGGUGAUUUUCGCUGAUGACCGAAAGAUGAUGUCACAGGAAAUCCUAGCUGUCUUUCUAAGGGAUGGAGCUUUCCAAGUUGGAAAUUAAAAAAAAUAUAUAUCUUAACGUUUAUUGAGAAAUCAACGCAAGAUAUCUGGAACUUUAAAUAGCAACAAAUCACUUUUAAUCUUCAAUAUACGCCAAUAGGAAUCAACUUGAAUGUGGAUUGCAGAUUGCAUCUCAUUAGAUAUGCCCAUAUCCUUUGCAGGUAGACGAGUAUUUAUAAUCAUGAUAAUAUCCAGCUUUAGAUUUGCAACACAAUCUCGGUUUUAUGUUGUAGAACAUCAAUUACUUUGAAAGAACCAAUAAAUUAAGAAUAUGAUGAAAUUCGAUAAAGGAGAGAAAGAGAUAAGUAUAAAGGGAAUUUGCGCAACUACUUUGCAUACGCUUUCUGGAACGUAGAGAGCCUUCAUGACCAAGCAGUCUUUGUCGAAAAUCUGUGAAUCAAAACAUAGUGUCGUCUGCAUGGGACUCUGGACAAACGUUGAAUUGCCAAUUCGUCCACUCACCACAAGUCAUGGUCUACUUUCAUUUAGUCUAAUGCCAUAACGUUCAUUAACAUUUCGUCUAACAACCAAUUGGUCCAAUUACCAUUGGUCCAAUCAUCGCUUCGUUUAAUCACCAGUUCGUCUAUUACCAUUUCGUCUAGUUGGUCAAAUCCCCAUUUUCUUUUCCUUCAAUUUGCACAAUUAACACUUUUAGCUUAAUUAGACCAAAUGGUAUAUGGACCAACUUGUUAUUAGAUGGAAUGGCUUUAGACUAAAUGACAGAAGAAAAUUUGGUGAGUGGACGAACUGAUGGUAGAGUAAACCAAAUUAAACUAGAUGAGUUUGCAAUUGGACGAAUUGGCAUUACACUAAUUGGAAAUAGACCGGACAAACGGCAUAUUAUUUGCAAUGUUUCGUCAGCUCUCAACCUUAAAAAUUAUAAAAUGAUCUCCCGGUUCAUCAAUUUUCGACAAAAACCUUUG